CCCAGCCAGUUACCCACCUUGCUCUUGCCAGGAUCCGCCACUGAUGCCACCUGUUCAGCUCACGGUAGUAGGGGUACGACACGCCACUAAAAGGCUGAAGGCAAAGGGCUUCUACAAACAUUUAUCGCAAAUCGGGGAAUAUUAUACCUCAGAAGUUGAUACAUUUGGAUGAAGUGGUCAGGAUUAUUGUUUUGUACAUAGUUUGUAACAUUGGUGACAUUUUAUGUAUUAAUUAACCACAAACUAAGUCUUAUAGUUACAUAGUGAUGUCACGUUAAUUUAUCAUUAAUUAAUCAUGAAUCAUGAUUAAUCGUGCAUUUGUUACUAUAUCUGUGAAUAUAGUAUAUCUGUUAAUUGUGUAAAUCUUUGUGAACUGCUGAAGAAACUCCUAAGGAACUACUCCAAUAACACAAGUGAAAUACUCAUGUCUGUUCAUCGUUAACGAAUCGUGACAAAUUUUUUAUCUCACAGUUUAUCCAUCCAUCCAUUUUCCAUUCACUCUCACAUGCAUUCCUAUGGGCAAUUCAGCAAAUCCAAUUAGCCUCAGCAUGUUUUUGGACUGUGGGGGGAAACCGGAGGAAACCCCACGACGACAGGGGGAGAACAUGCAAACUCCGCACACGUGUAACCCAUUCGGAGACUCGAACCAUAGCCCCCUCCCCCAUCCCUAGAAAUACUUUAGCGAUUUGUCCCGUAUUUUCGUGUGCAUUUCGUGAUCGCCGCUCGGCGAAUUUUAUCGUGGGACACCAUAUUUCUUCUGCAUGCUUAGCCCCCCUAUGGGUGAAAUGCUAGAAUCGCCCAUGCAAUCGGCGCUGCCCGCAACUCUGCGUGAUUCGCAGCAGAUAGUAGGCGAGUGACAGAUACGGCGGCCGAGCGCCUGGGAUGCAUGUCGCAUAUCACAAGAGCCCGAUUGCAUAACAUUAACAGCCAGAUUCGCUCUUACCAUCGUUCUCCUUAAGCAGGCGCCCGGGGUACCGGCAAAAGAAACCGACCGACGGUCUACAUUUCAAGUUAGUGAGGUGAUAUUUUAUUUACUAUUAUCGGCGAUGAAGCUGACAUGGCGGCUGGUGGCUCUUCUGCAUUUUGUGCGGUUGAUGCAAACUUUAGAGACACCCAUGGAAUGCAGACCUCAGCCCACCUGUCAGGAGUGCAUGAAAAGCCUACACUGUGCCUGGUGCAAAGAGAAGGACUUUCUGAAGUUUGGAGAGUCCAAUGAAAGGAGGUGUGACACUGUAAAGGCUCUACAUAAGAGAAAUUGUAGCGAUGUGUUCAACCGGGACUCGGUCAAAGACACUCGCAGAGACGAUGACCUCUCCAAUGACCCUGACAACAUAGUUCAGCUACGACCACAGAACCUUAACCUAAAACUCAGAGUUGGAGAACCAAUGACCUUCAAUGUGGAGUUCAAACGAGCAGAAGGCUACCCCAUUGACCUGUAUUAUCUCAUGGACUUGUCCUACUCCAUGAAAGAUGACCUGGGAAAUAUCAAGAAUUUGGGGCAGACAAUCCUUGAUAGUCUGCUGCAUGUUACGCGUAAGGUCCGGAUUGGCUUUGGGUCUUUUGUAGAUAAGGUGUCCAUGCCUUAUGUCAACACAGUAAAUGCCAAGCUGAUAAAUCCCUGCCCUAGCCGCCUUGAUAGCUGCCAGCCAGCCUUCAGCUUUAAGAACAUUCUGAGACUCACAGAAGACGCCAAUGAGUUCAAGAGGAAGGUCAGUGAGCAGAAGGUUUCGGGCAACUUGGACUCCCCAGAGGGUGGCCUAGACGCUAUGAUACAAGCUGCAGUUUGUCAGGAUGAAAUUGGCUGGGGCAACGUGACUAGAAUCCUGGUUUACACAUCUGAUGAUACAUAUCACAUGGCUGGAGAUGGCAGAUUGGCUGGGAUUUACCAUCCCAAUGAUGGGAGGUGCCACCUAAAUGCAGAAGGCGUGUACGAUAAAGACACAAUUUACGACUAUCCUUCAGUUGGCCACCUGUCCAGGGUCCUCUCAGGCAACAACAUCCAGCUGAUCUUUGCCGUUACAGAGCAAAGCAUUCCAACCUACAAGGCACUAAGUCAGCUAAUCCCCCAAUCUGUAGUUGGAGUUCUUGAGAACGACUCCAGCAAUGUAGUCCAGCUUAUCUCAGAUGCCUAUAAGAACCUUUCCUCUACGAUCCUUCUGGAACACCAGCAAGCCCCUCUGGGCUUGGACAUCUCAUUUAGAUCUCACUGCAGCAUUGGAGAGCACAGCGAAUGGGACAGGACGGGAAGAUGCAACAACGUGAAACUCCACCAGCCGGUGAACUUCACUGUCAGACUGAGCGCCUCCACAUGCCUGUCAAAGCCUGAAACCUUCCGCAUGAAGGUGCAGGGGCUUAGUGAGGAGCUGACGCUCACCGUAGAAACGUUAUGUGACUGCGAUUGUCAGGACCAGGAGCCCCACGCCACCCACUGCAAUGGCAACGGGACCCUGCAUUGUGGCAUGUGCAGCUGUUACGGGAAUCACCUGGGUCAGAGAUGCGAGUGCCAGGGGCAGCAGGACACGGAUACAGUGCAUGAAAUAGAGGCUCAGUGCCGGAAAAGCAACAGCUCGCGGCCAUGCAGUGGGCAGGGCAGCUGCGAGUGCGGCAAGUGUCAGUGCAAGAGCCCCUUCUGGGGUGAAUUCUGCCAGUGUGACGACACCAACUGUGAGAGUAUCGACGGCAAGAUCUGUGGAGAACAAGGCACCUGUAAAUGUGGAACCUGUCAGUGUAAAGCCGGCUUCACUGGCUCAGCCUGCGAGUGCGACACCCGAACUGACAAGUGCAACACAGGGUCAAUCGAGUGCAACAACCAUGGAAAAUGCAUAUGUAAUCGCUGUAAAUGUAAGCCCGGCUUCAUCCGGGACCAGUGCACGGAGCUGUCAUCACCCUGCCAAGCAUAUAAGAACUGUGUGACAUGCACAGCAUUAAAUGAGGGAAAGGAAGGUCCGGAGGCAAACUGUACUGAAGACUGUGGUUCAGUCAGGCCUUCACGCAUCUCCGGCUCCCAGCAGUUUGACUGCCAAACUGAGGGAAUCACCUUUGAAGUCGAAUUGGACAAACAAAAUGGAGCCAUCAAAAUUGUCUAUGCUAACCCUCCUCGUACCAUUGACACGAGGCUUGUAGUCGUUAGUACUGCUGUGUCUGCGGUGAUUCUCAUCGGCAUCUUCAUCAUUAUCAUUUACCGUAUGCUGGUGGAGGUGUACGACCGGAGGGAGUAUCGCAAAUUCGAGCUCGAACAGAAGAAAGUGGAGUGGAAAAGUUCACAGAACCCACUUUUCCAGGGCGCUACCACUGUAACCAUGAACCCAAUGCAUGUGGAAGAUUGACCCAGAGCUGACAGAAAGAAGAUGAUAUUCGCUUCUAUACUUUCUCAUUGUCGUGUUCUGUAACUGUUUACUGCUGUCCUAGAAGUACCACAAUUAUGUUACUGUAAAUAAUGUCAGUGAACUAAAGAUGCACUGUUUCUGACUCAUGAAGAUUACUGAUUCAGUCAAGAUCUGAAUUUCUUCCUGACUGUGUUAAUACAUUGAAAAAUAAGAUAAGAAUUUUAUUAAUUCUUGGGGGAAAUUGUUAUUCUUAAAAAAACCUUCCAGCACAGUAGCCCCCAUCAUAUAAGUGAAUAAAUAAGAAUUAUUUAAUAUAAUAAGAUAUAAUAUAAUAAGAAUAAAUUACAAGUAAAAUACAUAUACAGAGAUGAUAUUUAUUUAUUCUUUAUUGUAUUAACCAGUGAUUACAACAUUAAUAAAUAACCCGAAGGUACGUGUUUGGAUAA